AUGAUUCGAAACAACUUACAGAAGAGCAACGAGACAAACUACGCAAAAAAAUUGAUUCCGCACCAUUUUUAUCUUCCGUCACUACCGUGCUCUCGGCUCAAGAGCUCAGCGAAAAAAUGCUGCGCAGGGCAAAGUACAAUCUGA